AACGGCUGCAUCAAAUUCAAAAUGCAGUGGUGGAAAAUAUGAAAGUCGUUUCGUUUCUUUUGCUUGUGUUGUUGCUAACAUCUUCAGGGUGGCCUCUCUGUUUCAGCACUUGUCUCUGAGCCCAAUAGUAUUGUAGAUGGUUGCGCUUCAUGCGUGUGGCGUGGUCUUGUUUGCAUGGGUCGUGCAAGCGGUAUCGGGUGGGAGCUGCCCCUCUUUGAUUGGCUGCGGCAAUAUCGGUAACAUCACUUUUCCUUUCACCGACACACGUCAUCCUCACUGUGGCAUACUGGUGAUAUAUGGCUGUGAUGAGAAGGAACCAGAGACCAAAAAAACCAUUAAAAAUAACAACCGAUGGUUCGAUAUUGUAAGGCUUGAGGAGCAGUUUUCGAUUGUCAUUAGAGACGAUAAACUCCACGACCUCUUGCUACAAAGAAGUUGCGAGACCUUCGACCAGCAAAAAACUGCUUUCACAGUCAACACACCUUUGGCCCUCUCUCAUGUAAACUAUAACAUAGACAUAUUCAGAUGUAAACACGCCCUCCACGAUCCGCCACACAAUUAUGUUUCUAAUUCUACACUUUGCAAAAAUGACACACUCUAUUCCAGGUUCGUAAUUGACCCCUCCAGAGACAAUCAUGAUAUCAAAGGAUGUUCAAUGGUUCGGCUUCCAACCACCGCCCAGGUUAGCCAGCUUCAGCUUAAUCACACUGACCUUUUCAAUAUCUUAACGGAUGAAAUCGCCGUCCAAAUAGAGUUAACUCGGGAUUGUUCUACUUGUCACUUUGCCCACGCUGGCCAAUGUCGCCUUGACAACACCGGAAAAUUUUAUUGUCACAAAGGGAAAUCUAUAAAGACUCGUCUUAUAGUGGCAAGUGUAUCUGGCGCUGGAGCCGUAGGAGUUGUGAUAUUUCUGGUUUGGUGCAUUAGAAGAAGGUUUUACAAGAAUAAAAACCCCACCCACCAAAUAAUCGAGAUGUUUCUGAACACCCACGGUCACCUUGCAGCCAAUAGAUACAGUUAUUCAGAGAUAAAGAAGGCCACCAACUCCUUCAAAAACAAAUUGGGUGAAGGAGGGUAUGGUAGUGUUUACAAGGGGAGGCUACAUGAUGGAAGUCUUGUGGCUGUAAAAGUUUUAAGCGACUCCAAAGGUAACGGCGAGGAAUUUAUCAAUGAAGUUGCUAGCAUCAGUGUCACUUCUCAUGUUAACAUCGUUACUUUACUCGGAUUUUGUCUACAAGGUUCCAAAAGAGCUUUGAUUUACAAGUACAUGCCCAAUGGCUCACUUGAGAAGUUCAUAUAUGAAGAAAAGGAUCCACUCAAGCUCAGUCUUCAAUUAAGUUGCAAAACCAUCUAUAAUAUUGCAAUUGGCGUUGCUCGUGGAUUAGAGUACUUACACAGAGGUUGCAAUACUAAAAUCUUGCAUUUUGAUAUAAAACCUCACAAUAUAUUGCUAGAUGAGGAUUUCUGCCCAAAGAUUUCAGAUUUUGGGCUAGCUAAAAUAUGUCCACAAAAAGAAAGCAUUGUAUCCUUAUUGGGAACCAGGGGCACUGCGGGAUACAUUGCUCCUGAGGUUUUCUCUAGAAAUUUUGGAGGAGUCUCCCAUAAAUCAGAUGUAUACAGCUACGGAAUGAUGGUUUUGGAAAUGGUUGGGGGAAGGAUGAAUAACAAUGUUGAAGUUGAAUGUUCAAGUGAAAUAUAUUUCCCACAUUGGGUUUACAAGCGUCUUGAACUGAAUCAGGAGCCUAGUUUGCGAAGCAUAAAAAAUGAAACUGAUAAAGAAAUGAUACGAAAGUUGAUUAUAGUGAGCUUAUGGUGCAUCCAAACAGACCCUUCAAAUAGGCCAGCAAUGAGGAAUGUGGUAGAUAUGAUGGAAGGAAGCAUGGAGUCCUUGCAAAUACCACCAAAACCUUAUCUCUCUUCACCUCCGAGAUCCUCAGAUCACAACACCCACACAUCUCAGACUACGUUUCCUUCAGAGUACUAAUUAUUUUCGGCAGCAUAUCACUAAUAAACUUCAUCUAUUAUGUAAGUCGUGCACAUAAUUAAAAGAUAAGAAAUAAUUGCUGUCUAAAGAGUGUGGUGAAUAUUAAUGUUUGCAGUAUUGUUCAAAAUGUUACAAGACUUUCUGUUAUUGUUUGGUAAGGGUAUUGUCCACCAAUACUGUCUAUGCAUAUG